UCUAAGCUGCUUGAGCUGGGAGGCAGCUGGUGAAGGGUGGGAGGUAGGUCUAAGGGCUCUCCUGAAAAUGUCAAAUAGAACACCCAUAUUUGACUUGGCAACUAAUAGGAAGCUCUGCCCCCUCCCCUAGCCUGAGGCAAGAUCACAGGAGGCCCUCAGGGAACAGAGGAAGCCCUGAGUGGCGGUUCUGGGUAUGGCAGGAGAGGGCAUGCACACGCCACCCACCUAAGAAAAGGGACCCAACUCCAGCCCUAGCCUCAAGAGGCAGCAGCUCCUUGCCCCCAAGCUUUCAGGGAGGAUCUACCACUGGAAUGGCUAACCCAGCAGCCAAUCACAGAGCCCUGCAGGAAAUACCUGGGAGAGGUCCUGAAGUAGAACCCAGCCCCAGUCUGGCCCCAGGCAGCCCCAGCAGUCUCUAGUCAGCCCAGACGCCAGCAGUCCUCACAGAGCACCAAAGCAAGAAGCGCUCUGGGGGCCUGAGGCAUGGUGUCCCCAGCUCCGCUCACCCAGGGGCUCCUGUUGGCUCUGCUGGUCAUCACAGCAGCUGUAGUCCAGCCCAACAGCCUGCUAAACCUUCUCACCUCGGGACGGGAUGCUCUGGAUCGCCAGGCACUGGACCGCCUGUUAAAUACGCUGGCGGCCCGUGUGCACUGCACCGACGGGCCGUGUGAAAAGUGUUUAUCUGUGGAGGAUGUCUUGGCCCUAGCCGGAACUGGCAAGCCUCAGCCUGCCCCUGAACCAGUCCUGGAGUCCAGAUACAUUGGCCACCUUAGUGCUGCUGCCGCCCUCUAUCUUAGCAACCCAGAGGAAACAUGCAAGGACAUCCAAGCUGGCCUCUUGGCCUCCCAUGUGGACGAUUACCUGACCACACUGGAGAGUCCAGAGGCCAUGACCCUGGGUCUGAGCCAGCUACUGCAGAAGAUUGAGGCCCAUGCUGCCCACCACCCCAACGGGAAGGAGACCUGUGUAGAUGUUCCCCAGCUGCUGGAGGAGGCUGAGGAAGCCGGAGAUCCCGGAAGUCCCAGCCUGGUCCUGACAGCCUUGCUGGAUCAUGUCGUUAAUGGGUCCUGCUUCCAAGGCCUGCCUAGCCCUCAGUAUUUUGUGGACUUUGUGUUCCGGCAGCAGAGUAUUGAGGCUCCCAACAUGACCCUAUCUGAACUGGAGGUUUUGAUGCACCACCUUGGGUUGGGUGGAGAGGACCACAGUCACCAUGAUGACAACCACAGUCACCAGGAUGACGACCACAGUCACCUGGACAGGGAAGCCAGCCACCAAGACUCUGAGCCCCAUGCUACCCACAAUAGCAACUCCAGCGUAUGGGACAUGUUGUGCCUGAGUGCCAAAGAUGUGAUGGCUGUAUACGGGCUAGCUGAAGAGGCUGGGGUGAGCCCUCAGGCCUGGGCCCAGCUGACCCCUGCCUUGGUCCAGCAGCAGCUAAGUGAGGCCUGCAGCCACCACUCCAGUACCCAUAUUCAGGGCCAGCUCACCCAAACAGAGAGUUAUCUGUACGGCUCCCUGGCUACCCUGAUCAUCUGCCUCUGCGCUGUGUUCGGCCUUCUCCUGCUGACCUGUGCCAGGUGCAGCACGGUCACCCACUACGUCAUGCAGACCUUCCUGAGCUUGGCUGUGGGCGCCCUCACAGGCGAUGCGCUUCUGCACCUGAUACCCAAGGUGCUGGGACUGCACACACACAGUGGGGAAGGUCACGCCCACGAGGAGGUGGGCAUUGGUGCACAGUCCACCUGGCGCUUGCUGGCUGUACUUGGAGGCCUCUACAUCUUCUUCCUGUUUGAGAGCUUCUUUAACCUCCUACUGCCCAGGGACCAGAAUUCUGAGAAGGAUGGGCCUUGCAGCCACGGUGGACACAGCCAUGGAGUGUCGCUGCAGCUGGCACCCAGCAAUCUCCGGCAGUCCAAACAGUCCCAUGAGAGCUCCCGCUCAGACUUGGUGACAGAGGAAAGCCCAGAACUACUGAACCCAGAGUCCCAGAGGCUGAGAGCAGAGCUGAGGCUGUUGCCCUAUCUGAUCACGCUGGGCGACGCCGUGCACAACUUCGCUGAUGGGCUCGCUGUGGGGGCAGCCUUCUCAUCCUCCUGGAAGACUGGGCUGGCCACUUCAUUGGCAGUGUUCUGCCAUGAGCUGCCGCACGAACUGGGGGACUUCGCUGCUCUGCUGCACGCUGGGCUGACUGUGAGGCGUGCACUGUUGCUGAACCUGGCCUCCGCACUCACAGCAUUCGCUGGCCUCUACGUGGCUCUGGCAGUCGGAGUAGAUGAGGAGGGCGAGGCUUGGAUUCUGGCUGUAGCCACCGGCCUCUUCCUUUACGUGGCACUCUGUGACAUGCUCCCAGCCAUGAUGAAGGUGCAGGACCAGCGGCCCUGGCUUCUUUUCCUGCUCCACAACGUGGGUCUGCUGGGUGGCUGGACCGUCCUGCUGCUGCUGUCAUUGUACGAAGACAACAUCACUUUCUGACAGCUCCAUCCCCUCCCAUCCUCAUCCCUGUCUGUUGACUCUGCCUUACCUCCUUAAGCCAUCUAACUUUUGGAUCAACUGGGUAGCCUGAAGGUUCAGGCCUCAUUUCCCUGCUCUGAUUUCAAUAAAGACCUCUUGUCCAUCAA